AUGACAGGAGAAGAAAGAAAUAUACGUCAAAAGCUCUUUGAUACAUUAGCUAGUGUGGAGUUAGUUUUUAUACUUGAUCUAGGUGUGGCGUUAGUUUUCAUACUUGAUCUAGGUGUGGCGUUAGUUUUCAUACUUGAUCUAGGUGUGGCGUUAUUUUUCAUACUUGAUCUAGGUGUGGCGUUAGUUUUCAUACAUGAUCUAGGUGUGGCGUUAUUUUUCAUACUUGAUCUAGGUGUGGCGUUAUUUUUCAUACUUGAUCUAGGUGUGGUGUUAUUUUUCAUACUUGAUCUAGGUGUGACGUUAGUUUUCAUACAUGAUCUAGGUGUGGCGUUAUUUUUCAUACUUGAUCUAGGUGUGGCGUUAUUUUUCAUACUUGAUCUAGGUGUGGCGUUAGUUUUCAUACAUGAUCUAGGUGUGGCGUUAUUUUUCAUACUUGAUCUAGGUGUGGCGUUAUUUUUCAUACUUGAUCUAGGUGUGGCGUUAUUUUUCAUACUUGAUCUAGGUGUGGCGUUAUUUUUCAUACUUGAUCUAGGUGUGGCGUUAUUUUUCAUACUUGAUCUAGGUGUGGCGUUAUUUUUCAUACUUGAUCUAGGUGUGACGUUAUUUUUCAUACUUGAUCUAGGUGUGGUGUUAUUUUUCAUACUUGAUCUAGGUGUGGCGUUAUUUUUCAUACUUGAUCUAGGUGUGGCGUUAGUUUUCAUACAUGAUCUAGGUGUGGCGUUAUUUUUCAUACUUGAUCUAGGUGUGGUGUUAUUUUUCAUACUUGAUCUAGGUGUGGCGUUAGUUUUCAUACAUGAUCUAGGUGUGGCGUUAUUUUUCAUACUUGAUCUAAGUGUGGUGUUAUUUUUCAUACUUGAUCUAGGUGUGGCGUUAGUUUUCAUACAUGAUCUAGGUGUGGCGUUAUUUUUCAUACUUGAUCUAAGUGUGGUGUUAUUUUUCAUACUUGAUCUAGGUGUGGUGUUAUUUUUCAUACUUGAUCUAGGUGUGGCGUUAUUUUUCAUACUUGAUCUAGGUGUGGUGUUAUUUUUCAUACUUGAUCUAGGUGUGGUGUUAUUUUUUCAUAUACUUGAUCUAGGUGUGGUGUUAUUUUUCAUACUUGAUCUAGGUGUGGUGUUAUUUUUCAUACUUGAUCUAGGUGUGGCGUUAUUUUUCAUACUUGAUCUGGGUGUGGAGUUAUUUUUCAUACUUGAUCUAGGUGUGGCGUUAUUUUUCAUACUUGAUCUAGGUGUGGCGUUAUUUUUCAUACUUGAUCUAGGUGUGGCGUUAUUUUUCAUACUUGAUCUAGGUGUGGCGUUAUUUUUCAUACUUGAUCUAGGUGUGACGUUAUUUUUCAUACUUGAUCUAGGUGUGGCGUUAUUUUUCAUACUUGAUCUAGGUGUGGCGUUAUUUUUCAUACUUGAUCUAGGUGUGACUUUAUUUUUCAUACUUGAUCUAGGUGUGGUGUUAUUUUUCAUACUUGAUCUAGGUGUGGCGUUAUUUUUCAUACUUGAUCUAGGUGUGGUGUUAUUUUUCAUACUUGAUCUAGGUGUGGAGUUAUUUUUCAUACUUGAUCUAGGUGUGGUGUUAUUUUUCAUACUUGAUCUAGGUGUGGUGUUAUUUUUCAUACUUGAUCUAGGUGUGGUGUUAUUUUUCAUACUUGAUCUAGGUGUGGUGUUAUUUUUCAUACUUGAUCUAGGUGUGGCGUUAUUUUUCAUACUUGAUCUGGGUGUGGAGUUAUUUUUCAUACUUGAUCUAGGUGUGGCGUUAUUUUAUCAUAUUUGA